AUGUUAAGUGAUUGUAGUCGUUUUUACAAUCAGCUCUUUCAGGGAACCAUGCAAGGAAUCAUGCUGAUGUCCGGGAGUCUGGCUCGUACCCUUGGUCCUUUGUUGGUGUCGUCAUUAUUCCAAGUGAACGGUCCCGUUCCAGUAUGGAGCAUAGAGGUACUUUGUUUUCCGAACGUUUUUUCAGAUGUUUUGUAG